GGUUAUAUGGUUGGAUCCUGGAAAUGGGAUGUCAGUCCCAUUCAGGGAACAUAAAGGAAGAAAGAGACUCUCCCAGUUGCUGCUGCUGUGACAGCGAGUGAGAGCAAGAGCAGGAAAAUGUCGACAGUCACAUCAGCAAUCCAGGCUCCUCAGGGCCCUGUGAAUCCACCGCCUCCGGAGGUCACUAAUCCUAAUAAGCCUGGCCGGAAGACCAACCAAUUGCAAUAUAUGCAAAAUGUUGUGGUAAAGACUUUGUGGAAGCAUCAGUUUGCUUGGCCUUUCUACCAGCCUGUUGAUGCAAUUAAAUUGAAUUUGCCGGAUUAUCACAAAAUAAUAAAAAACCCCAUGGACAUGGGGACGAUCAAGAAGCGCCUGGAACAUAACUAUUACUGGAGUGCCAGUGAAUGUAUGCAGGAUUUCAACACCAUGUUUACAAAUUGUUACAUUUAUAACAAGCCCACAGAUGACAUCGUCCUAAUGGCCCAAGCCCUGGAGAAGAUAUUUCUGCAGAAGGUGGCCCAGAUGCCUCAGGAGGAAGUCGAGUUACUACCCCCAGUUCCUAAAGGCAAAGGUCGCAAGCCAUCAGCGGGCACACAGAAUGCAGGAGCGCAGCAAGCAGUGGCCGUGUCUUCCGUCUCCCCGCCGGCCCCGUUCCAGAACGUCCCUCCAGCUGUGUCUCAGACGCCCGUCAUUGCUGCCACCCCUGUGCCAACCAUCACUGCUAAUGUCCCGCCUGUCACUGCCCCUCCCGCCGCUGCUCCCCCUCCGCCUGCUGCUCCGAUAAUGCCCGUGGUGCCUCCUACGCCACCGGUAGUCAAGAAAAAGGGAGUGAAGCGGAAAGCAGACACGACAACCCCCACCACCUCUGCGAUCACUGCCAGCCGAAGCGAGUCACCCACACCCCUCUCAGACCCCAAGCAGGCCAAAAUCAUUGCUCGACGGGAGAGUGGCGGCCGGCCCAUCAAACCACCAAAGAAAGACCUUGAAGAUGGAGAGGUCCCCCAGCAUGCAGGGAAGAAGGGCAAACUCUCUGAGCACCUCAAGUACUGUGACAGCAUUCUCAAGGAGAUGCUCUCGAAGAAGCAUGCAGCCUAUGCAUGGCCCUUUUACAAGCCUGUUGAUGCAGAGGCCUUGGAAUUACAUGACUAUCAUGAUAUUAUCAAACACCCCAUGGAUCUCAGUACUGUUAAAAAAAAAAUGGACAGUCGGGAAUACCAGGAUGCACAAGGUUUUGCAGCAGAUAUUCGGUUAAUGUUCUCUAAUUGUUACAAGUACAAUCCUCCAGACCACGAAGUGGUAGCGAUGGCCAGGAAGCUCCAGGAUGUCUUUGAGAUGAGGUUCGCAAAGAUGCCUGAUGAGCCUGCGGAGGCCCCACCUCCCCCUCCACCAACAGCACCAGUGGUGAGCAAAAGCACAGAGAGCAGUCACAGCAGUGAGGAGAGCUCUUCUGACUCCGAUAGCUCAGACUCGGAAGAAGAGAGAGCAACUCGGCUGGCAGAGCUCCAGGAGCAGCUAAAGGCCGUGCAUGAGCAGCUAGCAGCAUUGUCACAAGCGCCAGUGAACAAACCAAAGAAAAAAAAAGAGAAGAAGGAAAAAGAGAAGAAAAAGAAAGAUAAAGAGAAGGAAAAAGAAAAGCACAAAGUAAAAGCUGAGGAGGAGAAGAAACCCAAGGUGGCUCAACCACCAAAACAAACCCAACAGAAGAAGGCCCCAGCUAAGAAAGCAAACAGCACAACCACAGCUAGCAGGCAGCCCAAGAAAGGAGGCAAACAGGCAUCUGCAACCUAUGAUUCAGACGAGGAGGAGGAAGGUCUGCCCAUGACCUAUGAUGAGAAACGACAACUCAGCUUGGACAUCAACCGCCUGCCCGGGGAGAAGCUAGGCAGGGUGGUGCACAUCAUCCAGUCGCGGGAACCUUCCCUCAGAGACUCCAAUCCUGACGAGAUAGAAAUAGAUUUUGAAACAUUGAAGCCCACAACUUUACGAGAACUGGAGAGAUACGUGAAAUCUUGUUUACAGAAAAAACAGAGGAAACCGUUUUCUGCAAGUGGAAAAAAGCAAGCAGCAAAGUCAAAAGAAGAGUUAGCUCAGGAAAAGAAGAAAGAAUUAGAAAAACGGUUACAGGACGUCAGUGGGCAGCUAAACAACAACAAGAAACCUGCAAAGAAAGAGAAAUCUGGCUCAGCUCCCUCCGGAGGCCCUUCCCGGCUCAGCAGCAGCAGCUCCUCCGAGUCUGGGAGCAGCAGCUCCAGUGGCUCCAGCUCGGACAGCAGCGAUUCGGAAUGA